UCGUCCUGUUUCCGGGUUAGAGUUCACCGGGGUCCUCGCAGUGCGGCUUAGUCCUCCGUGUUCGAUACAAAUUUAUUUCUUUCCUCUAUAUAUCUUUUCAACCAGCUGUAAAUAUGUCUGGAAGAGAAGGAGGCAAAAAGAAACCACUGAAGGCGCCUAAGAAACAAAAUAAGGACGUGGAUGAAGAUGAUAAGGCUUUCAAGCAGAAGCAAAAGGAAGAACAGAAGGCCCUGGAGGCAAUGAAGGCCAAAGCGUCAGGGAAAGGACCUCUAGGUGGCAGUGGCAUCAAGAAAUCGGGCAAGAAGUAAAAUCUGAUGACUGUAUUAGUUUGCUCAUGGCUUUGCUUCCUGCUUCUGUAUGCUGAAAGAUUCCAGUAUGUUUUUCUCUGUUAGACAGGAACCUAGUCCAAGUCAAGACCUGAAUCAGUGCUGAGUUCAUCCAGUACAAGUACAAGAAAUUAAUUUAACAAUUUUCACAAUUUUAAGGGCAGGAGCACCUGUUGCUGGUCAGACCCACUACACAAACCAUCACUCCCUAAUGAUGCUUAAUUAGAGGUUUCACACUGAUUUUUCAGGAGGCAUUUGCAUUGACCAAAAUUUUCAAAUAUAGAAAUGAAGGUCUGUAGUUUUACAAAUGGAAAGUGUGAAAAAAAUCCUGAUUUCUGUUUUAUUUUGUUUUGUGUCCAUGUUAAAAAAUAAUCGGAAAUACAAAUCUGCAGAAGAUUUUGUUGUAUUGUAAAGAAAAACAUACCAGUAAAGUUUUUUGUAAUUACAGCAUGUUAUUUUAAUUCUUGGUCAACGGAGGGGGGAAAAAAUAGUCAAGAAGCCCAACUAUCAACGAACAUUUUGAGUGAUAACUGUAAUCAAGUUUUUCUUUUACACCAUUUUAACUGCCUCAUCUGUGUCAGGAUUUAUUGAACCACCCUGUAUGUUUCCAUUUCCAAAACUAAAACCUGCAUCAGAUUAAAUCUGCUCAUUAGUCUGCAGUUAAAAAGGAAUCUCACACCUUGGAGAGCUGCUGCACCAAGUGGAUUGGCAUGAAUUAUGGCUCCAGCACCAGAGAUGUCAACUCAAACAAAGAAGAGGAUUAUCAAACUUCUUAAAGAAGGUAAAUCAUCAUGGAAUGUUGCAAAAGAUCUUGGUUGAGCAUAGUCAGAUGUGCAAAAUCUCUACAAAGUACAAACGACAUGGGAAAGCUGUAGAAGGGAAGCAUACUGGUAGAUCAAGGAAGAUAAAGUGUCAAGACAGAAAACUUAAAGCAAUAGCAGAAAAUGCACCGCAAUAAAUAAGGGACAGAUGGGCGGAAACUGGAGUCAAUGUCUGUGACCGAACUGUAAGAAACCAACCUAAAGAAAAUGAGAUUUACAUAGAGAAAUGCUAAACGAAAGCCAUCACUAACACCGAAACAGAAAAAAAACAAGGUUGCAAUGGGUUAAGGAAAAGCGAUCAUGGGCAGGGGAUGACUGGAUGAAAGUCGCAAUCAGUGAUGAAUCGCUAGUCUGCAUUGGGCAAGGUGAUGAAGCUGGUUUGAUGCCAUUCCAAUGAGAUUUAUGAAAAUGACUGCUUGAAGAAAACAUGCAAAUUUCCACAUUCAUUGAUGAUCUGAAGUUGCAUGUCAGGUAAAGCCACUGGUUAGAUGGCUGUCAUUACAUCUUCAAUAAAUGCGUAAGUUUACGUUGAUAUUUUGGACACGUUUCCUAUUCCAUCAGUUGAAAGGAUGUUUGGGGAGGAUGACAUCAUUUUUCAAGUUGGAGCCAGAUUGAUUAAGAGUACUGCUUGAGGCAUGGACUUAACGAGUAACAGAGACUACAAGCUGUUACAAAAGCCAGAAGUGGUGUAAAAAAGUACUAGUGGUGCGUUGUGUUUGUUGUUUUUUUCAUGAUUCCAUAAUUUUCUCACAGCUAGAGGGUCCUGGGUUUGAAUCUGGGCCUGGGGUCUUCUUGUGUGGCGUUUUUAUGUUCUCACUGCACGGGUUUUCACUAGGUUCUCUGGCUUGCUCCCACAGUCCAAAGAUACGCUGAGGUUAAUUGGUGAUUCUAAAUUGUCCAUAGAUGUGAAUAAUUUGAGUGUGCUUGAUUGUCUGAGUCCAUAUGACCCCUGUGAUAGACUGCUGUCCUGUCCAGAUGAACUCUGCCUUCACCCUGUGUCAGCUAGAAUAGACUCCAGCCUCUCCACCACCCACCAGAGGACAAAGCGGUCUAUAGAGGAUGGAUGGAUGGUUAUACUGUUGUCAGUUUACUGUGUCUAAAAGUAUCGAAGCCUCCUUGGAAAUGUCCCCCUUUUACUGCUUUUCAACAUUGAAGUAGAAACCAGAUUUGUACAACAUAAUUUUUAAAAUAAAAUGCAAAAUAAAUGUAUUCAUAUUUGCCCUGUA